AGCUUAAAGCCAGUAUUCAUUUUGGCUGCAUCAUUUAAUACAGUAAUGGUGGUAACAAUGAGCUAUAUGAUAUACAAGAAUUUACGACUGGGGCAAAAAGAGUUCUACAGAAUGUCUAUUCUUUUCUUUAUAUCUUUAGCAUACUUAAUAAGAAUAGCAGAGUUUUUGUACACAAUGCUGGCACUUAACAAGGAUACUUUCAAUAGGUCAAGUUCUGAUGAAGCCCAUAAUAAAUUACUUGUGCUCUUAUACUUCUCUCCACUUGCUAUGCACUGUCUCGGAGGCAUUUUAUACUUAUCCAGAUGGAUCCAUUACUUGUUCAUUUCACAUGGAGCGCUGAAUACAAAUCCUAAUGAUCCUUUGGAGCAGAAGAGAAUGAGAACAAUCCAUCUAAGUCACAGAAUAAUUCUAUUCACAAUAAUAGUGAUUUCGUUGGUAAUGAUAUUAAUCGUUACUUUUUUGAAAGCAGCAUUGACCACUGGAAUCAUUUAUUACAUCGCAUGUUACAUACUAGUAGCAAUUGGAUUACAAAUAAUCAGCAUCCUAUUUCUCAAGAGAUUGAAAAAGACAAUGUUUUUCCUCUAUAAGCAGAAGAAGACAACUAUCAUAUGAUACUCUUAUCUGGUAUCGUUCUGAAUGAUCUUCAGGUCUUUCUCAUGAAUCUUAGACUUAGCUCUUAACUCUGAUGAUUGAUACAAGGAUAAUGAAUGUAAAGAAAAGCCUAUCAAUUAUGUAAACGAUAUAAUUUUGCUUGCAUGCUAUUUUAUGGAAUUAAUCCCAUCUCUAAUGAUCACAGUUGUUUUAAGGAAAACAAAUGUGGAACUUCAGUACAAAAAGAUGAUUGAGGACUACCAACAAAAGUCUUCACAAGCUUUACUUGACCCAGAAGAUAUGAACGAAAGAAAAUAUACUGAUAACUCUGCCAAUAAUAGGUCUAAUAACUCCAGUAAUAUAUCCAGAGUCAUGUCAGAAGAUGACUCUUUUACUCCGAAUAAUUCACAAACUGUGCUGUCAAAAAGCUCUAAUUUAGGAAAGCAUAGCUUCAUGAGCAUGAAUAGAGAAGAUUUUGAUGCCUCAGGCCUAAGUAGAGACAAAAUAUUUGAAGAUUAACCUUUUUGAUCAUUGAG